CGCCGCCGCCGCUCGUGGCUCCGACCUGCCGCCGCCUCAGCCGCCGCAGCCGCUGCUUCUCCGGGGCGGGCCGGGAUCGCCGGGCGCGAUGGGCGUGCGCGUGGAGACCAUCACCCCCGGGGACGGGCGGACCUUCCCCAAGCGCGGGCAGACCUGCGUGGUGCACUACACGGGCAUGCUGGAAGAUGGGAAGAAGUUUGAUUCCUCCCGCGACAGGAACAAGCCAUUCAAGUUUGUGAUGGGCAAGCAGGAGGUCAUCCGCGGCUGGGAAGAAGGAGUCGCCCAGAUGAGUGUGGGGCAGCGCGCCAAGAUGACAAUCUCGCCAGACUACGCCUACGGCACCACUGGCCACCCAGGAAUCAUCCCCCCCAACGCCACUCUAAUCUUUGAUGUGGAGCUUAUAAAAAUGGAAUGACAAGAGGCCCAGCUUCUCCUUUUUCCCGGUCUGGGGUUUGGCACAUGGCGAAAUCCAGAAACCUUUGCUUCAAGAAGAAUGCACACAAAUUUGUACGGAGCUUUCCCGGCUAUCCACUACACUCUUGGUGUAACCAUCCACCCCGAUUUGAAUGUGUUGGGUCACUCGGCUCUGCUUCUGACUCUCCUUUCUUGUUCUGCUCUGAUUUUUGACAUUUUUAAGCUGUAUGCUGUAAACCUCAGCUAUCUAUUUUUUGGUCAAGUUCUUUAAUCUUAUUGGUUUUUGUUGGGUUUUUUGGUGUAGACUUGAGUUGUGUAUGAUUGAGCAUUUGCUAGUAAGUAUACCGAUUGGUUCACAUUAUAUAGGAAUUAAUUGCGCAAAUAUGGCAAACCUCUUUUUUUUUGUUUGUUUUGGAAGUAUCUAUUGUAUUAAACUGAGUUGCUGCUGCAAAGCCAUACAAAGCAGUUUGAGGAGCUGUUGAGGGCUGAAUCAUCCGGAAAAGCCGCGUAGUCAUAGGAUUUGAUACGGUUCUCUGCCUGAAACUUGGGGUCGUGAGGGACUUCCUCCCCCUCCCCCCCUUGCCUUCCUCACUUCCAUCUUGGGGAAGGGGCAACUCCCACAGUGACAUAGCAGUAACCUUUUUAUGCUGGGGUGGGUUUUGCCCCAAGUUACAGAUCUCUUCCCCCCCCUUGCCAAUACUGGUGUUUUUUCUACGGGAUUUUCAGGAUAUUUUUAAUCUAUAGCUUUCUGAAUUCCACAACUAGCUAAAUUCCAGAACUUCGAAGGUGCUGUUUUUUCCUCUUGGGGUGAGGGGAUGAACCCAGCUUUUCCCCGGCUGUCAGUGCGGAUAUACUAGAGAGUUCUUACGGAAACCUGAUGCUGGUCAUCGCAGCUUGCAGACGCCUCUUGGGCAGUGCGCCGACCCCCCCACCCCCACCCCUGGUGUCAUACCAAGCCCUUUUCUUCCUGUGUAGUGAUUUUUGGUAAGAGAAUUGCCGUUGCCACUUCCUCCACCAUCACCACGUAAACACAUAGAGUUUUAUUAUUGCAAUAAAAACGCUUUAUGCUGGCUUUUCUCAA